AUGACGGUGCGUGUUGUGUCCCUGCUCCCCAGCGCCACCGAGAUCGUGACCAAGGUGAUCUUGGCGCAGGGGCCGGCGCCGACAGUACAGCUCGUGGGGAAGAGCCACGAGUGCGACUACGGCCCUACCUCCCUGGCCGGCCUACCGAUCCUGACGGCUGCCAGGACCAAUUUCACCACAUCAGCCGACGUGGAUGAGCAGGUGCGCACCUCCCUGGCUGCAGGAGAGAGCCUCUACUCCGUGGAUAGGGACCUCCUCCGGAGCCUGAAGCCUGAUGUCGUUCUCACCCAGAGCCUCUGCAAGGUGUGCAGCGUCGACUUCCGCACGGUGCAAGCCGCCGUGGCGGAGAUGCAGCCCCCGCCCAUCCUGGUGGACCUGUCGCCCCAGAACCUCUGGGAGGUGCUGGACGACCUGACCCGCCGCAUCGCGGCUGUCCGCUCCAAGCUGGCAGAGAGGCGGGAGCAGCAGGGGACCCAGAGCCCCAGUGUGCUCAUGGCGGAGUGGACUGACCCCAUCUUUGUGGGAGGGCACUGGACCCCCCAGCUGGUGCACAUGGCUGGGGGGUCCCACGUCCUCAACCCUGGAAAUGACGAGGGCGGAGCGGGCAAGAGCUAUGCAUGCCCCUUUGCCGAUGUGGCCCAGGCAGACCCAGACUGGCUUAUCGUGGCACCAUGCGGGCUGGACAUCCCCACCACCAAGCGUGAGAUGGCACCCCUGGUGGCACAGCCUGGCUGGACAUCAUUGAAAGCGGUGAAGAAGGGCCAGGUCGUCAUUGUCGAUGGCAAUCAGAUGUUCAACCGCUCGGGGCCGCGCCUGGUGGACGCUCUGGAGUUCCUGUACUCCCUGCUGUGGAACGAGCCUCAGGCCAUGCCCGCGGGCUUCCCCUAUGAGAUGUGGUCGGACGCACGACAGGCCUGA